UAUCGGGUAUGGCUUUGUGCUUUCCGCCAGCACAUUGUUCCCCGGAGCCACCUUAGCAGUACGCUAUUUUUGCUCUAGCUAUUUUGUCCCAUUUUGCCAUUACGGGGCACUCCUUGCUAAAGGCGUUGUGUGCUGUGGUUGUCAUAUUUGCCUUUCGGCAGUUACAGCAGGUAGGAUCUAUGCCUGUUAGUCUGUCCGGACAAUCGGCCAUCAUAUGUGGUCCGCCGCAAUGGCUGCAGCUUGGUAAAGCUUCCUUACAGAACUUUUUGCUAUGUCCGAACCCCAGACAGAGGGUACACUGCACCAGUGGCGUUUGGUCCGCCACUCUAACUGGUUGUAUGUCAAUUUGCAUCGACCCCAUGCUGAGGGCUCGGUUCCAGAAGGUUGGGGACACCUUUAGCACUACGUGGUGGGUGUGAGGGUUACGGGCACUCUUUUUAUAUUUUACCUCUAUCCUGUCAUCCUCUUUGUUGAGGCUACGGAAGAGGUCUUUAUUUUUGUUUCUUAAAGCUUUUUGGAGGUCCUCGUUGGAAUGCAUCUUUAAUACAUUAUAAAGUAUCAAUAAGGGAUCCUUAUUAUUUUUUUCUUCAACGACGAGUUCCCCUUCUGACUUUUUUAAUCUUUGUGUUGCCUUUGUUCUCUCUUCUUCUGUUCUAUAACUCAUUAUAACUUUUCUGUCUUUAAUCUUUCUCACUCUUUCAACUCUCACCCACCCUUCAUCCUCACUAGCUUUUUUUCGGAGUUUCGUGGGAAUACCAUCACCUGUUUCAUUUUCAUCUUUAGAUGAGACCAUUAUUGAGUGUAAUGUGGUGCUUUUUGGGGAUUGUCUCCCCGGCUGUGAUACCACCAUAUCCGCAUAAGUUGCUUUCUGAUUCUGGAAUAUGUGUUUCAGCUCUUCCAUCUUUUCGGAGUUUUCUCUUAGGAGACUGCAAUUUUCUUCCAGCUUUUUCUUUAACUCAUUUAAGGUCUCAUCCUGACCUUUAUCCUUUUCCCUAGUCUCUGUCUCCUUCUCUUUAUGCGUUACCUUCUCCUCUACUUUCUGCCCUCUUGUAACUUUUCCUUCCGCCUCUUUUACAAGCUCAUAGAGCCUUUUUAUGGCUUGUAAAACUGCCGUUUUUAUGUCUGUCUUCAAAUUUCUCGAAUUUUAAAGACUCAAUUUGGCCUUACUAAGACAGGCUCUAGCUGCCGCAGUCUUGCUUGGGAAGCCUUGUAUUUUUGGUUUUUGGGGGGCUUCAGAUGACUUUUUUGUGGGAGAUGUUGGGGUUUUCAAUUUUAUGGCUUGGUCGGCCUUGGCCGAUUCCCAUUCUCCCACACUUCGCUUUACGCUUCUUGUAGUAUUUAGGUCAUCUUUAUUGGAUGAUCCAGCAUGUUCUGCGUUUUUUGGAGGAGAGUUUGGAUUUUUGGACACUGGAGUUCUGAUAUUUGCAAACAUAGUUAAAUUUAUUUUUAUUUUCCUUGCAGUGAGGACGCAUCAAUAUGACGUAAAUAUGAUUACAUAAACAGGAUGUCACAAAAGAUUUCGUCAGACUACGAGUUCUGGACUCGUCGAGUGUCGAUUGCUUUUGAUGGAACACUAUCAAUAUGCAACCCUUGCUGGCUGAGAUUUUAUCGCGCAGUGCAAGUCCGGCCAGUAGACGAUCCAUUACCUCAGCAAGUUCAAGAACCAUUACCCCAGCAAGUACAAGAAGAGGAAGUCCAAGAAAUAGUAGUUGACGUUCAACAACAACAAGACAUAGGUCUUAUGACUAUUCCUGGAUAUUUGCGUGUAUCUAAUACUGCUCGACGCUGUGUUUUUCAAAACUGCAGAAACGUACCAGCAAAUGCUGUGCCAAAAUAUGUCAGGUUACAUUUUUUUCGUAUUAAUAAGCUAUUCAUACCAAAACUUGCUCGAGUUUGCCAACCCCAUAUGAUAAACAAUGAAUGGGAAGAUCUACUUAAUGAGCAAAUACCUCUUCAUGAAAACUUUAAUAGUGCUCAUGUUCUCGAUAUUAUCGAGCUGUAUGAAUGGAGAUUGGAACGAGGAACUCAGUUGGACUUCGAAAAUGUUGAGGAGAUAGAUGACAAUGAACUACAUUUUUAUACGGGUAUGGAUAAAAUUCAAUUCAAUAAUAUUUUGAAUCAAACAUCUUCUCUACGUGAUAGAACCAACAGUUCUGCUACUGUUUUGGGACUGUAUUUAGUUAAAAUAAGAACAGGUGAACCAGACGAGCGUAUAGCUUCUAUGUUUAAUAUGUCGAGAAGAACAUUGGAACGAAAACUAAAAAUAGCUCGAGAAUGUUUAUCUGAAGAGUUUGUUCCCCGCCAUCUGGGUUUGGAUCACAUGACGAGAGAAGAUGUAGUAGCUCGCAACUUAACCAUCCCGAGUCAUAUUUUUGGAGGUAACCAGAAUGAACCUGCGGCCAUUCUUGUGUGUGAUGGAACAUACAUAUACGUGCAAAAAAGCUCCAACUUCCUUUUUCAGAGAAGAACGUAUAGCCUGCACAAAUUCCGCAACUUAAUAAAACCCUUUUUAAUUGUAUGCACAGACGGCUAUAUUGUAGACGUAUUAGGCCCGUAUCCAGCUAUUACUACGGAUGCCGAAAUAAUGCGUCACAUGAUGGAGGAGGAAGUUUGGUAUUGGUUUCUGAACGCCAACGAUAUUUUCAUAUUGGACCGCGGCUUUAGAGACUCUAUCCCUGCCAUCGAAGAGCAUGGAUAUGAUGCACAUAUGCCGCCAACAAGGACGAGAGGAGAGCAGUUGAGCACAGUAGAUGCAAAUAAAUCACGUCUAAUCACUAUGUGUCGUUGGGUGGUAGAGACUAUUAAUGGUCGCUUUAAAAAAGACUUCAAAAUAUUCCGCCAUGUUUAUUUUAAUGUAGCGCUUACAAAUAUGAUGACUGAUUUUAAAAUAACUGCAGCACUUAUCAAUGCCACUUAUCAGCCAUAUAGAGAUAACGCUCAUGCCGCAGAGUUUAUAAAUAUAAUAAAUGAGAAUAUAAAUAGAGAAAAUGAAUUGGCUGAUUACGUGAUUCGAAACAACUUAAACAGGCAAAGAGUUGCAUUCACGCCGAUAGAGGCAAACAAUCCCGAAUUAAGAGAUUUUCCACAAUUAACUUACGACGAGCUAUUUUUAUUUACCUUGGGAAUAUACCAUUUGAAAUUGGCCAAAUCUUAUUGCCAUGAACACAUGCGGCCAAACGGAGUGUAUAUAAUGGAAUUAUACCAUCGCAGAGAGUUGGUAGAAAAUAAAAUAUUAAUACGAGGCAGAAUACAGUCUCGUCACAUAAGAGCAAAACGCUAUUAUACAUAUAUACUAAUAAAUCCGGCAUUGCAAGGAAGACAAAGCCUCGAAGGGUAUUACUGUUCCUGUAUACACGGCCGCCGCACUGUAGGGAGUUGCGCGCACAUCGCCAGUGUGGUAUACUUUUUAUCUUGGGCUAUAUAUCAAGAAGAAUUCCACGCACCUGCGGCGUUUUUAGACGAAACUCUUGUAGAUUUGGAUGCGGCAGAAUAAAAGUAAAGAGAAAAA